GCGCGCGAGGGCCGGCCGCCAGCGGAGCCCGAGGGCACCGCGCCGCGGGAGGGUCCCGAGGAGCUCACCGUCCUCCUGCAGAAGCGGCAGCCCACCGACCGGCUUGGCGUGGAGGUCGAGUACGAGGACACGAGGAUUAUCAUCAGAGGGUUCAGCGACUCUGGCAUGGUGGCCGCGUGGAACGCCCGCAACCCGGCCCGGCAGGUCGGCAAGGGCGACAGCAUCGUCGCGGUCAACGGCGUCCGGGGCGAGCACGCCCGGCUCAAGGAGGCGCUCGGCCAGGCGCAGGGCGAGAUCGAGCUGCGGGUCAUCCGCUCCGGCGCGGCAGGCGGCCGCGCGGCCGAGGCGCCACAUCCCGCGAGCGUGGCGCCCCCGCCG